AUAUGGGAAAUUACUUGUUGGAAACGAUUAUUUAAAAUCUCAAUGGGACGUAAAAACUGGAAACUUUGAAAUACAAUAUCCUGCUGCAAAUGAUCUAUUAUUCAAUAAUUAUAAUAAUUUAUUAGCAAUAUGGUACAAUGGUUUAAAGAUUUAUUCUGCAAAAACUGGAAUUGAAAUUUUUUCAU